CGUGUUCCUGUCUUUUAAUUGGCCGGUUCCCUUGGAAACGUCAUGAUUGACGCCCCAGAUAACUGCAUGAAACGGUGUUUUGUGAGAGGACGAGAAGUCGUAGUAACUUUUUACGCUGAUCGGAAGCAUGGCAAAGGGUCAACAUCAGGCCAACCGGGAGCUCACUGAGGUGCUUAACCAAAUCUGGCGCCUGGAUACCAACCGCCUCAGGCCGGGGACUGAUUACAUCAUUUCCCUCCAGGGCAGGGCAGGUUAUGUGGCUCAGGGCAGUAACUCUGCCAGAGACAUGGCCAGGGCUCCGCUCUUCACAUAUGUCAACGAAGCCAAACUCAAGAGUAUCAAGACAUUUGCACAUUUCAUCAGCUUGCUGGACAACUAUGAGGCGUCCACAGGUUUAUCAGAGACAGUAACGUCGGAGGAGCUUAAAGAGAACAGGCUCUUUAUCGAUUCCAUAAUGGAGACCGAUGUCAUGAAGUGUGCUCACAAGUAUCUGGUCGGGAAGGGGCAGUCACCAUCAGACCCUGCACAGUUCCAGAAACAGCUGUAUGACAUCUGGUUCCGCCUCUACCACAGGGACAGGAGUGGAGGUGAGGAUUCCUGUGGAUUUGAACAUGUGUUUGUGGGAGAAACCAAGUUCGGCUGUGAGGUCCUGGGUCUUCACAACUGGGUCCAGUUCUACCUGCAGGAAAAACACAACCAUGUUGACUACAAAGGCUACAAAGCAAGAGACAACAAAUCUACACCUGAUGAAGAUGACCAUGUCCUGAACCUGCAGUUCAGUUGGAAAGGCUUGGUGAAGCCAGUUGCUGGCUCCUUCAUUGGCGUCAGUCCGGAGUUUGAGGUUGCUCUCUUCACUAUCAUCUUCCUCAUGUCGUCGGAGAAGAUGACGUCUGUGGUGGUGAAGGUGGAUGAGUACAUGCUGGAGCUGGUUGUCUAUCGGAACGGGCGAUCCAUCGGCACGUCCUACCCAAAACUGCUCAGCAGCAACAACAGGGAUUUAUAAAAUUACACCACCUGAGCUGUCAGCUGUCAUGUACAACAUUUACGUUUAAAUUUACAACUUGUGUUACACUUUGAUUUCAUUCCUAUGCAGUAUAAACCUAAGGCAAAUCUGGAUCAGGUUCUCUUGUUGCACUAAACGUCUAUGAUGAGCGAGCCUUAACCUCCUGAUCUGGAUUGAUAUCAUGAAAGGAAUAUAGAUUGUUAUUAAUCAUUUAUCUGUCUUAUUCUGUAUACUAUUAUGGAGUAAAUAAAAUUUCCUUUGUUUACAAA